AUGGUGGUUGGUAAGGUGACCUUCACGAAAGUGGAGAGAGAGAAGCUCGCUGAGGUCCUCUGGCUGCUAAACUGGAUCUCUGUGCUGACCGGAGCCAUCCUCUUCGGCAUGGGCUUAUUUCUCAAAGUAGAAAUUCAGAAAUGGCAGGAAGUGAUGUCAGACCAGGGGAUCCUCUACGUGCCUCACAUGCUGAUUACCACGGGCCUGGCGGCCUGCUGCAUCAACUUCCUGGGCGGGAAGAUCUGCCUGGACUGUGCCGACACCAACAAGUUCCUGCGCUGGAAGCUGGUAAUGAUGCCGUACGUCGUCUGCACUUUCUUCUUCACCUCCUGCGUCCUGGCGGGGGCGCUCACGUGCUACAGCAUCCGUGGCCAGCUGGAGGAGUCGCUGUUCCUGGGCCUGAGGAACGCCAUGAGGUACUACAAGGACACGGACACACCAGGCCGCUGCUACCUGAAGAAGACUCUGGAUCUGCUGCAGAUCCAGUUCCAGUGCUGUGGGAACACCGGGUACCGGGACUGGCUCCAGGUCCAGUGGAUCAGCAAUCGCUACCUGGACAUGACCAGCAGCAGCGUGGUGGAUCGGCUGAGGAGUAACGUGGAGGGGAAGUACCUGGUGGACGGCGUUCCCUUCAGCUGCUGCAGCACCGUGUCCCCUCGGCCCUGCAUCCAGCAGCAGAUCAGCAACCGAACAGCACAUUUUAACUUUGACCAGCUGAGCCAGCAGCUGAACCUGUGGAGGAAAGGCUGCCGACAGGCGCUGAUGGAGCACUACACCGGCAUCAUGCAGUCCAUCGGCCUCACCGUGCUCCUCAUAUGGCUGUUCGAGCUGCUGGUCCUGACCGGAGUCCGUUACCUACAGACAGCGAUGGAGAAUGUCCUCCGGCUGGGUGAUCCAGACUCAGAGUCGGACGGGUGGAUUCUGGAGAACAGUCUGGCAGAAACAGCCCGCUCCAACUUCAACAUCAUCAAGAACCUGGGGAAGUGUUACCAGGUCGACGACGACCCCAACAUCAACAUCCCGACUGCCGCCGCCGAGCAGGAGGUGCCUUCACGGCAGGUCCAGAUCCCUGUGGCCAGCUAG